AUGGCUGGCAGGAUUCCGAGAGCCCUUACAGGGCUUGCCGAGGAGUGGGAAAAGUGUGAAAAUAUUCGACGGCGUUUUGUUUUCGAGGGUAAGCUUCUGGUUUGGAGCAAGCCGGCCCAGACCGGCAUCCCAUCGAUGCAAAACGCGAAGUUGAACUUCGAUGUGCUGCUUCCUUUGUUCCAUAUCUGGGCAAACUCAUGCACUGCACCUCGCACUCCGCGACUAGCAGCUGUGAAGAAGGAGGUUCGCAAGUUUUGGGACUUGCUGAACAAGCCGGUGUGUAAGAUCCAGAUCUACUGCGACUCGUGGGGAUUGCGCAAGAUGAUCUCUCAGUUCAUUCGCAGACUUCCCACCAAGAGUCGAAGCCCCGACGCCAAUCUCCGGCAGCUGAAGCGCGAGCUGCUGCUGGAUGAGGCAGACGCAGGGGUUCGAGAUGAUGAAGAUUACGAUCAGCUAGAGGAGGAGGAGGCAGGCGAGGAAGCAGUGGAGGAUGCAGGAGGGGAUGAUGAAGAGGCAUUGGCAGAUGAUGAACAGCAGGCAGAUGAGGCUCAGCAAGAUGAUGAACAGGAGGCAGAUGAGGCUCAGCAAGAUGAUGGAAUGGAGGCGGAUGAUGCUGAUGACCAGGAGAUGGCACCUGCAGUAGAAAAUGAAGUGGCAGGCGAGGAUGAUGAGGUUCAGGAGCAACAGGAGGAGGACCCUGGAAGGGAGGAAGUUGCCACCAUCCCCGAGCCCCCAGCCGCUGCGGCGGGCGAGCUUCGUUCGGAGCCUCGCGACAUCAUUGAGAUUGAGGCUACGCCAACCCCGAAGCGACCCACAGGUGUUGUUGCAAGGCAGGACUCCUACCCGAAGCUUGAUGCACCACAGCCUACUCGCCUGCAAGUCCUUCACUCUAUGCUUGCAAAGCUUAAGAGAGAACAGGAAGCCCGAAAAGCUGGCAUCCGGGUGCCAUGCAAAGGUAUCAUGAUGGACAAUGUGGAGACGCAGACAUAUGAUGCCGAUGCUAGCGCUGCAGCCUUGACAGACUGCAUGGAGAUCCAAGAUUCGGAUGACGCGCCAGAGCCACUUCGUGAAGUCCCUCCGCCAGCACCUGUGCAGGAGGAGGAUCAGCUUGAGUUUGCUCCCGAAGCCAGGGCCGAGGUGAAGAAUAUUCUGAGCGAGGAGGACGCUAAGAAUUUUAAGGAGGGGAGUGCUUCCUCGGCUCCGCCAUUCAUGUGUCGGCAUGAAGCAUCUUCGAAGCUUCAGAAGUACAUGGAAGAGGCUAUCCUUCUGAAGGCCAACCAAGACCUGGAGGCAGCAAAAAACAAGGAGCCGGAGGAAGAGGAGCAGGAGCCGGUGACAAACAAGUCCAAGCGUGGCAGAGGUUCGGGGCGUGGAGGGCGUGGGCGCGGGCGUGGCGGACGUGGGUCCAAAACACACGCUGACUCUGCAUCUGCGGGAAGCAAGGACAAGCCGAAAAGCAAGGGCAAAGGAAAAGGGAAAAAAACCAAGGAUAGGGAGGAGACGACGGAAGUUGAUGAGGAGAAGAGUGGCAGUGAGGCGGCUAGCAACAGCAAGGAUCAGCCGAAAAGCAAGGGCAAAGGGAAAGGAAAAAAAGCCAAGGAUAGGGAGGAGACGAGUGAAGCUGAUAAGGAUGUGAGUGGCAGUGGGGCAGCUAGCAGCGGCAAGGAGCAGCCGAAACCCAAGGGCAAAGGGAGAGGAAAAAAAGCCAAGGAUAGGGAGGAGCGGAGCACGACCGAUGACGCAGCACACGGCAGCAAGCGCAAAGCGAAAGCAACAAAGGCAAAGGAUGCCGGGGAGGCUUGUGCCGAGGAAGGUGCCUCGAAGCGCCGAAGAAAGCAGCUUGAUCGGCCGCCGGUGCCCACCUUCAAGCACGCUGAGCUGUCCGUGUACUGGACUCGAGCGGGUGUGGGUGUAAAGUGCAAGAUGGGUGAAGACAAAGGGAAGCAGGUUCUCUACGUGGCUACUUCCAAAGUCCCGAUCGUCGCAGUGAUUGAGGCGAAGCUUCUGGAUGAUGCCGAGGCUUGUGUCACCCCGCCUCUGCUGGAGGCAAUGAACAGGAUCAAAACCGAGUUCUUGGCGGGUGUUUACUGA